AAGAGACAGAGCAUCAAAUGAGGUGCGGGCCAUUUCCCGCCGCAGACUCUCCCCUUAGAAGGGUGGAGCCUAGGCAGAAAAGGGCUUAAGGCGCAUGCGCGUUUAGCCGCUGUUUCCAGUUGGCGCUUGUCCGGUCGAAGCGUCCAAGCUUUACCUUGGGUGAGGGGAUGAGGAGAAGGGGCGGGGUUAGGCUUCUGGGAACUAUUUUAUCUGCUGUCUUCGUGAGCCUUAGAGGGGAUUAGACGGAAAAACGUCUAAUUGGUGCCCUUCUGCGGUGUGCGGGGGUCUGCACCCAGGCUUCUUCAUGGCUUUCCCUGCGUUUAGGCGGUGGUGCUUGGACAAACAGCCCUGCUGCGUCCGCGUACCUGGCUCCCCUUUCAAAGUCGUCUGGUCUCUUGCGCCUCGUCAUUCCCUCACUCUUGCUUGUUGAACAUGGCAAUGACUGGUCCAGCACCUUGCUCAUCCAUGAGCAAUCAUACCAAGGAACGAGUUACAAUGACAAAAGUGACUCUAGAAAAUUUCUACAGCAAUCUGAUUGCACAGCAUGAAGAACGGGAAAUGAGACAAAAGAAAUUAGAAAAAGUGAUGGAAGAAGAAGGCUUAAAAGAUGAAGAGAAGAGAAUUAGGAGGUCAGCACAUGCCCGAAAAGAAACGGAGUUUCUGCGCCUAAAAAGGACAAGGCUUGGAUUGGAAGAUUUUGAAUCUUUAAAAGUAAUAGGCAGAGGGGCGUUUGGAGAGGUACGGCUUGUUCAGAAAAAAGACACAGGGCAUGUAUAUGCAAUGAAAAUCUUACGCAAAGCAGACAUGCUUGAAAAAGAACAGGUUGGCCAUAUUCGGGCGGAGCGUGACAUUCUAGUGGAGGCAGACAGUUUGUGGGUUGUAAAAAUGUUCUAUAGCUUUCAGGAUAAGCUAAACCUCUACCUAAUAAUGGAGUUCCUGCCUGGAGGAGAUAUGAUGACAUUAUUGAUGAAAAAAGAUACCCUAACAGAAGAGGAGACUCAGUUUUACAUUGCAGAGACUGUGCUUGCUAUAGAUUCAAUUCAUCAGCUGGGUUUUAUUCAUCGUGAUAUUAAGCCAGAUAACCUCCUUUUGGACAGUAAAGGACAUGUGAAGCUAUCAGACUUUGGUCUUUGCACUGGACUAAAGAAAGCUCAUAGAACUGAGUUCUAUAGAAAUUUGAGCCACAGUCUUCCCAGUGACUUUACUUUUCAGAAUAUGAAUUCCAAAAGGAAAGCAGAGACUUGGAAAAGAAACCGACGGCAGUUGGCCUUCUCUACUGUGGGAACUCCAGACUAUAUUGCUCCAGAGGUCUUCAUGCAGACUGGAUACAAUAAACUGUGUGACUGGUGGUCGCUUGGCGUCAUUAUGUAUGAAAUGCUAAUUGGUUACCCUCCUUUUUGCUCAGAGACUCCUCAAGAAACGUAUAAGAAAGUAAUGAAUUGGAAAGAGACUCUAAUAUUCCCUCCAGAAGUUCCAAUCUCUGAAAGAGCUAAAGAUCUUAUUCUAAGAUUUUGCUGUGAAUGGGAACAUCGAAUUGGUGCUCCAGGCGUUGAGGAAAUCAAAACAAACCCUUUUUUUGAAGGGGUCGACUGGGAGCAUAUCAGGGAGAGACCUGCGGCAAUAUCAAUAGAAAUUAAAAGUAUUGAUGAUACUUCAAACUUUGAUGAAUUUCCAGAAUCUGAUAUCCUUAAACCAGCAGUGACCACAAGUAACCAUCCAGAGACAGACUACAAGAAUAAAGACUGGGUCUUCAUCAAUUACACAUACAAGCGUUUUGAGGGCUUGACAGCUCGAGGGGCAAUACCAUCCUACAUGAAAGCAGGAAAGUAGUGACUCGUAACAAAACUAUUUCUGAGCCUUGGUUCUUGCUCGUCAGCACAAAUUCUUUAUCUACCCUUCUGAGCUUUACCCACGAACUGUGAACUCAAAAGAGUGCAAGAUAACAUCUUUAUGCACCGUUUACAUAAAAAUGGAUUUAUCAUGGGAAUAUUUCCACAAAUGGCACUUGUGGCCUGCCUUUGCAAGAUUUAUUGUGGAUGUAGGUUCUUUUGACUUUAGUUAAAAUUCUGCAGACUUCUUUGUCAACAAGGAGGAAAAGCGCAUUACAAAGCAUAGCAUAAUUUGAGUUAUUUCUGUGUGUUCUGUUUUUACAAGUGCUGCACUAAGCACUGUUCUAAGGGCUAAAGUAAUUUAAAGAAACAGAGCAAUAACUAGUAUUGAGAGAGAAAAUUCUUGGUAAGUUAUCCUAUAGGAGGGCAAAACCAGUAUUGCCUUAAAGGUCACUAGAGUAUUGUAUACUUGGUCAAAAGCUUUCUGGAUAGCAAAUUUUAUUCCAACUCAACAAUAGCCUCAAACCUGCUGCACUUUACUCUUGGUACUGAAUUAGUGAUCCUCCAGUGUUAAAUUCUUUCUAAACUUCCAUCUAGCAGAUCAUGUUGCUUUUUGUGAGCAGUACAAGAAAGAGAGCACGAUUACUGAUCAGAUUUAUUCUAUGUAACUAACUUAGUAAAAAGCAAAUCAAUGUAAAUAAUAACACACGAUAGCUAAUAUGGCAAGAAGCCCUGUCCCUAUACAUCUGCAGAGUGUGUGUAAAGAUUCCUUUCCCCAUGUCAGUUAUUGCCAGAGGAAAAUAUUAAUGUGUAACAUUUCAGCAUUGCAUUUUUUCUGGAGAACUUAAUCCUCUGCAGCUUGGAAACCAAGAGCCCUACAGUGCCUUCAGGAUGCUUCCUGUGCACAACUAUUUAAAAUACUUAGGCUCAUGGAAUUUUAGUAAUCUGACUUGAUUGCUCAAGGUUUCUGUGUAGUUCCAUACCAUGAACUCUGCUUGUGCUAUUGGGUGGCAUUAACACUCUUUAAAAUGUUCAGGUUAUCCAGCUGAACUCUUCUCUCAUGUCUACAUAAUGUACUAGAUGUGUCUCUGGUCACCAUUGCCAUCUGCUGCCCUGUAGCUCUUGGAAAUUCAUAGGAGAUUCACAGAAAUUCAGUAGUUAUUAGUGGCAUGCUCCUUAGAGGGAGUGGUUGUGCAGAAGGAGACUUGUUACACUGGGGACCCAAAAAUGAAGGCAGAAAAAUAUGGAAUGAAGAUUGAAUGAUGUUAAUUUAGAACUUUUUGUUAUCUCCUGCAGUUUCAUCAGUUGAUGUGCAAAUAGGUUAAAAACAACUGAAGUGUUGCUUGCCAAAUACUUGGUGUUUUAGAAGAGUUGAUGGAUCCUUCCAUAGUGUUACAAUAACAGCUGAAUCUAUUCUCCUUAAAUAUAAGAAGGCUGUUCUGGUAUGCUGUAUCAUCAGAUGGGACAGGGAAAUGAAAUAUCCCAUUGUUUUUCCACAAUAAAGCAAUUCCAUGUACUUUUC